UGGAAAUGACGCCCGCGCGGGUCCCCAGUCGCGUCCUUUUGAAGGACGCCCGCCUGGACCCGCGGCGCCGGCUGCGAAGCAUUGUCCCGCGUCCUGAGCCCUAACAAAGCGUCCCCCUCGGCUUUGCAGAGCACCGGAGGCGGGCGGCCGGCGGCGCGGGCGCAACGGAGAGGCCGCCAGAAGGUGAGCGCCGUGGGCUAUGGGAUGGAUGAGGUGGAGCAGGACCAGCAUGAGGCUCGACUCAAGGAGCUGUUUGACAGUUUUGAUACAACGGGCACCGGGUCCUUGGGACAGGAGGAACUCACCGACCUUUGCCACAUGUUGAGCUUGGAGGAGGUGGCCCCCGUGCUCCAGGAGACGCUGCUUCAGGACAACCUGUUGGGCAGGGUGCAUUUUGACCAAUUUAAAGAAGCACUAAUACUUAUCUUGUCUAGAACUCUGUCAAAUGAAGAGCACUUUCAAGAACCAGACUGCUCACUAGAAGCUCAGCCCAAAUAUGUUAAAGGUGGGAAGCGUUAUGGACGAAGGUCUUUACCGGAGUUUCAAGAAUCUGUUGAAGAGUUUGCAGAGAUCGAGCCACUAGAUGAAGAAGCACGGCCCUCACACGCCCCAGCCAGUGACCGCGGUGAGCACUGGAAGACACAACGCAGUGAGGAGUAUGAAGCAGAAGGCCAGUUAAGAUUUUGGAACCCAGAUGACUUGAAUGCCUCACAGAGUGGGUCGUCCGCUCCCCAAGACUGGAUAGAAGAGAAACUGCAGGAGGUUUGUGAAGAUUUGGGAAUCACCCGUGAUGGUCACCUGAACCGAAAGAAGCUGGUCUCCAUCUGUGAACAGUAUGGGCUGCAGAAUAUUGAUGGAGAGAUACUUGAGGAAGUCUUCCAUAAUCUUGAUCCUGAUGGUACAAUGAGUGUGGAAGACUUUUUCUAUGGCUUGUUCAAAAAUGGAAAAUCCCUCACACCAUCUGCAUCUACGCCAUACAGACAGUUGAAAAGGCACCUCUCCAUGCAGUCCUUCGAUGAAAGUGGACGACGAACCACAACCCCAUCUGUGAUGACAAGUACCAUUGGCUUUCGGGUCUUCUCCUGCCUGGACGAUGGGAUGGGCUAUGCAUCGGUGGAGAAAAUCCUCGACUCCUGGCAAGAAGAGGGCAUUGAGAACAGCCAGGAGGUCCUGAAGGCCUUGGAUUUCAGUCUCGAUGGAAAUGUGAACCUGACAGAAUUGACACUGGCUCUUGAAAAUGAACUUUUGGGCACCAAAAGUGGUAUUCACCAGGCAGCGCUGGCCAGCUUUAAGGCUGAGAUCCGCCAUUUACUGGAGCGAGUUGAUCAAGUCGUCAGAGAAAAAGAGAAGCUACGGUCAGAUCUGGACAAGGCUGAGAAGCUCAAGUCUCUAAUGGCUUCGGAGGUGGAUGAUCACCAUGCAGCCAUAGAGCGGCGGAAUGAGUACAACCUCAGGAAACUGGACGAAGAGUACAAGGAACGGAUAGCAGCCCUAAAGAAUGAACUCCGAAAGGAGAGAGAACAGAUCUUGCAGCAGGUGGGCAAGCAGCGUUUGGAACUUGAGCAGGAAAUUGAAAAGGCAAAAACAGAAGAGAACUACAUCCGGGACCGCCUUGCCCUCUCUUUAAAGGAAAACAGUCGUCUAGAAAAUGAGCUUCUGGAAAAUGCAGAGAAGCUGGCCGAAUAUGAAAAUCUGACAAACAAACUUCAGCGAAAUUUGGAAAAUGUGUUAGCAGAAAAGUUUGGUGACCUUGAUCCCAGCAGUGCUGAAUUCUUUCUGCAAGAAGAGAGGCUGACACAGAUGAGAAAUGAGUAUGAGCAGCAGUGUAGGGUAUUACAAGACCAAGUGGAUGAACUCCAGUCGGAGCUGGAAGAAUUUCGUACACAAGGCAAAGUGUUGAGACUUCCCUUGAAGAACUCUCUGUCAGAAGAACUUGAUGUUAGCAGGGAUUGCGUUGAGCCUGACCAGGGGCUCGCUUCUGAAGAAUGCAAUCCAUUGAAUAUGAGCAUCGAGGCGGAGCUGGUCAUUGAACAGAUGAAAGAACAACAUCACAGGGACUUAUGUCACUUAAGACAGGAGCUUGAAGAUAAAGUGCACCAUUAUGAAAAGCAGCUAGAUGAAACCAAGGUCACCUGUGAAAAGGAGCAAGAGAACAUGAAGCAAAAGUAUGAGAAUGAAGUGCAUGUCUUGGAAAAACAAAUAAGUGACCUUAAAAAUGAAAUUGCAGAACUUCAGGGCCAGGCAGUGGUGCUCAAGGAGGCACAACGUACAACUAUCUGCAGACACGAGGAUGAGAAAAAGCAACUGCAAAGGAAGUGGGAUGAGGAAAAGACUCACCUGCAGGAGAAACUGAAGCUGGAAUAUGAGUUGAAACUCAAGGCUAGCCUGGAGCAGGCCGAGGAGAGCUUUAACCAAGAGAGAGAGGGACUCAUUCAAAAUGGCGCCUGGACAGAAGAGAAGGUGAGAGGCUUGACUCAGGAACUAGAGCAGUGUCACCAGGAGCAGCUGAAAAGCCUGAUGGAGAAGCACAGUCUGGAAAAAGAGGAGUUGCGAAAAGAGCUCUUGGAAAAACACCAAAGGGAACUUCAAGAGGGAAGGGAAAAAAUGGAAACUGAGUGUACUAGAAGAACCUCUCAGAUAGAAGCACAGUUUCAGGCUGAUUGUCAGAAAGUCACUGAGCGCUGUGAAAACACCCUGCGAAGCCUCGAGAGCCACUACCACCAAGAGCUGAAGCAGCUCCUGGAGCAGCAGCUUGAGGAAAGAUCCCAGUGGGAGUUUGAGAAGGAUGAGCUCACCCAGGAGUGCAUGGAAGCCCAGGAGCAGCUUAAGGAGACUCUGCAGAGAGAGAAAGCAACUUCUCUGGUCCUGGCCCAGGAGAGAGAGAUGCUGGAGAAAACAUACAAGGAACAUCUGAAUAGUAUGGUUGUUGAAAGGGAGCAGCUACUCAAAGACCUGGAAGAUCUAAGAAACGUGUCCAGAAGUCAACAAAGCCUACUCUCCGACCACAUACUUCAGCUGAAGGGCAGUCAUGAAAGGGAGGUGGAGGACUCCGAACAGGGCCUGUGCCAGGCAGGGGCCUCCGAGGAGCUGGCCAGCCAGCAGCUUGAGAAGCUAGAAAUGGAACGUGACCGGGAGAGGCAGGAAAUGCUGGCCAAACUUCAGGCCAUGGAGAGUGUCCACAAAGUGACCUGUGAGAAAGCGGAUCAGGAGAGGGCUGAGAUGAGCACAGAAAUCUCCUGGCUUCAGAACAAAAUUAAGGAAAUGCAGCAGGUGGUGGCUUCUCUCUCCAGGAGAGAGAGUGGCUGCCAGGCAGUGGCAGGGGAGGAGGCAGAAGGAAGUGGAGCCAUGUCCCUGGUUCAGCAAGGAGAGCAGUUGUUGGAAGAGAAUGGAGAUGUCCUCUUAAGCCUGCAGAGAGCUCAUGAGCGAGCUGUGAAAGAAAACGUGAAAAUGGCCACGGAAAUUUCAAGACUGCAACAGAAACUGCAAAAAUUAGAGCCAGGGUCGGUAAUGUCGUCUUGUCUAGAUGAGCCAGCUUCCGGAUUAUUUGGAAAUUCUGCAGAACAAACAGAGCCCUUUUUACUACAAAAUCAAAUGAAGCAAGCAGAAGGUGGAAGCACGCCAUGCGUCCUAAGUGACCUACAAGACGACGAGGCACGAGAUCUGGGAAGUACAGGGACGAGCUCUGCUCAGAGACAGGAGGUCAAAAUGGAGGCAUCUGAAGCAUCAAUAGAGAGUUUUUCCGAGCUCGAAAAUAGUGAAGAGACCAGGACUGAGAGCUGGGACCUGAAGAAUCAGAUUUGUCAGCUUCGGGAACAGCUAAUGAUCUUACGUGCAGAUUGCAGUCGAGCUUCUGAAAAGAAACAGGACCUACUCUUUGAUGUUUCUGUGCUGAAAAAGAAACUGAAGAUGCUUGAGAGGAUCCCUGAGGCCUCCCCCAAGUAUAAAUUGUUAUAUGAAGAUGCCAGCAGGGAGAAUGACUGUCUCCAGGAAGAGCUGCGGGUGAUGGAGAUGCGCUACGAUGAAGCACUAGAAAGUAACCAGGAGCUCACUUCCCAAGUGUUCAAACUGCAGGAUGAACUAAAGAAAGUGGAAGAGGUGACGGAAACAUUCCUCAGCCUGGAAAAGAGUUAUGAUGAGGUCAGAAGAGAAAAUGAGGAGCUGCACGUUCUGGUUUUGAGACUUCAAGGCAAGAUGGAGAAGCUUCGGGAAAGAGCAGUGCUACAGUGUGACUGCUUCUCCUUGUGGGAAGCCCACUUAGGGAAGCUGGAAGUCCAGCCUGAGGGAAAGGUGCUUGGACUACAGCAGACACUGGAUGAGCAUGUGCCAGAGGUGAUGAACGUACAUCAUCUUAUAGAAGAGCAGUACCUCGAGCAGGAGAACACACAGCUCCUGGAAAGAGUACAAGCAAGUGAAAUUGCCUGGCUACACAGAACAAUCCGAACCCAUGGAGAAAAGCCCAAGGUACAGAACCAGGUUAUACUGGAGGAAGACACUGCUCUCCUAGGCCUUCAAGACAGACAUCUUCCACAUGGGGCCACCAUCGCAGAGUUAGAACUGGAGAAAAAAAAGCUGCAAGAGCUGACUAGGAAGUUGAGGGAGAGGGUUGCUGCUUUAGUUAGGCAAAAAGAUGUUCCUUCUCAAGGAGAAAACGAGGAAGAACUGAAGGCAAUGAUGCAUGACUUGCAAAUCACGUGCAGUGAGAUGCAACAAAAAGUUGAACUUCUGAGAUAUGAAUCUGAGAAGCUUCAAGAAGAAAAUUCUAUUUUAAGAAAUGAAAUUACUACUUUAAAUGAAGAAGAUAGCAUUUCUAACCUGAAAUUAGGGAAAUUAAAUGGAUCUCAGGAAGAAAUGUGGCAAAAAAUAGAAACUGUAAAACAGGAAAAAGCGGCAGUUCAGAAGAUGGCUGAAAAUUUAAAGAAACAGAUUUCAGAAUUAAAAACCAAAAACCAACAGUUGGAUUUGGAAAAUAUAGAACUUAGCCAAAAGAACUCUCAAAAUGAGAAAGAACUGCAAGAACUUAAUGAACGUCUGGCAGAAAUGCUAUGCCAGAAGGAUGAAGAGCCAGGACACAGUACAUUUGAGGAAUGGAAACAAGAAAAGUCUAAUCUGAAAGAAGAACUGGAACAAUGCAAAGCGCAGUCCUCAGCUUUAGUGUCUUCUCUGGAGGCAGAGCUCUCUGAAGUUAAAAUACAGACUCAUAUGGUGGAACAGGAAAACCUCCUUCUCAAAGAUGAACUGGAGAAAAUGAAACAACUGCACAGAUGUCCUGAUCUCACUGACUUCCAGCAAAAACUUUCUAGUGUUCUAAGCUACAAUGAAAAACUGCUGAAAGAAAAGGAAGCUCUGAGUGAAGAAUUAAAAAGCUGUGUGGAUAAGUUGGCAAAAUCAAGUCUUUUAGAGCACAGAAUAGCUACUAUGAAGCAAGAACAGAAGUCUUGGGAACACCAGAGUGAAACUUUAAAGUCCCAACUAGUGGCUUCACAGGAAAAGGUCCAGAAUUUAGAAGACACCCUGCAGAAUGUAAACUUGCAAAUGUCGCUGAUUAAAUCUGACCUUCGAGUUACUCAGCAGGAAAAGGAGGCUUUAAAACAAGAAGUGGUGUCUUUAUAUAAGCAACUUCAGAAUGCUGAUGACAAGUUUACUCUUAAGAACUGGGCCCCAGAAAUAGUCAGCCAUCCAUCAGGAUUCCAUAACCAGCAGCAAAGGCUGACUUGGGACAAGAUGGAUCAUCUGGUAAAGGAGGAACAACAGCUGCUUUGGCAAGAGAAUGAGAAACUCCAUACCGUGGUACGGAACACCAAAGCAGAGCUCACGCACUCCCGGGAGAAGGUCCGUCAGUUGGAAUCCAGCCUUAUUCCUCCCAAGCAUCAGAAACAUCUAAACCCAUCAGCUACUAUGAAGCCCACAGAGCAAGAGAAGUUGAGCUUAAAGAGAGAGUGUGAACAGUUUCCAAAGGAACAGCCUCCUACUAAUAGGAAGGUCAGUCAGAUGAAUUCCCUUGAAAGAGAAUUAGAAACGAUUCAUUUGGAAAAUGAAGGCCUGAAAAAGAAACAAGUAAAACUGGAUGAGCAGCUAAUGGAGAUGCAGCACCUGAGGUCCACUGCGAUGCUUAGCCCGUCCCCUCACGCUUGGGAUCUCCAGCUGCGCCAGCAGCAAGCCUGUCCCACGGUGCCCAGGGAGCAGUUUCUGCAGCUUCAACAACAGCUGCUGCAGGCAGAGAGGAUAAACCAGUGCCUGCAGGAGGAACUUGAAAACAGGACCUCCGAAACCAACACCCCGCAGGGAAACCAGGAACAACUAGUGACUGUCAUGGAAGAACGAAUGAUGGAAGUUGAACAGAAGUUGAAACUGGUGAAGAGGCUUCUUCAGGAGAAAGUGAAUCAGCUCAAAGAACAACUCUGCAAGAACACUAAAGCAGAUGCAGUGGUGAAGGAUUUGUAUGUUGAAAAUGCCCAGUUGUUGAAAGCUCUGGAAAUGACUGAACAGCGACAAAAAACAGCAGAGAAGAAAAAUUACCUCCUGGAAGAGAAGAUUGCCAGCCUCAGUAAUAUAGUCAGGAAUCUGGCACCAGCACCACUGACGUCUAUACCUCCCUUGAGGUCAUAGCCAAGCCAAAGGAUACACUCAUAUUUGUGCACUUUACUGAAAUGGAUGGAACGUUUCAGUAGGUUCUCUCGACCAUUUUUUUUUAAACCUUUAAUGGUUUAAAGUCUAGCUCAACCUAAAGCUGCCAGGAACAGAACAGGAGUCUCCAUUCAUUGUAAUUAGUUUUUCUAAAGAGACUAAAUUAUUCCCAAGUGUUGAAUUUUUAAAAAAUAUUCUAAUAGCUACCAAAAAGGUAGAUAUAUGAACACAACGCAAGAAUCUUACAACCCCAGUUGUGAAUGAGUUUUGUAAAAAAAAAAAAAAAAAAAAAAAAAAAAUUCAUGUAUGAAUCUCUAAAUUCCACAUAUUUUGAGAUCUGAUUAUUCUUUUGAUCUUUAUUUAAAACCACAUGUAUGUCUUCUUACAUAUUCAAAUAUGGAAAAGUCAUUCUGUUUCUAAUAAUUUGGGUUAUUUGGUAACAGACCUCUGGGCUUAAUAACCACAGAAGUCAGAAAAGCCAGAGUCCAUAGUACUCUACCUUCUAACACCUAUGACAGUAUUACCACUCUUGAUGUAUUAUAGAUGUAAAACUGAUUUAUUCAACUGCACUGUUAACUAAUAUUAAAACUGUACUUUCUUUUAACAUAUUUUUCCUUAGAAGUUUCACUUUGAGAGCUUAUCUUCUAAAAAAAUGGAUAAAGCCACAUUCUUAAAGCAUUUGAACUAUAGAGAAAGCACUGAACAAAUCACUUUGGAUUUGGAGUAAACAGCUACUCUUAGGAGAGAGAUAAGCAAAUGAUGUGGGUUUCUCUCUCAAGUCUUGGAGUUCAUGAACUCACAUGCAAGGUUGCUCCAAGAACUCAGGGAACAAUACUUUGAAUGGUCUUCUUGAAACACUGUAGGGGCCUCUUUAAGAAUUUGAAAUGCAUAAACCAUGUGACCUUAUUUGUCUUAUAUUUAGAGCUAUAAUUUUUAUUUUCACAUUUUUAGUGAAUUUACUCUUCUGAAAAGCCUUGAUUUUAGAGUUAACCGAAUUUAUGGAAGAGUUGUUAUUUGCUUAUUUAACAUAGGCUAAAAUUUCCAUGCUUCCUAUUCUUCUAACACUUCAAAUCUGAUAAGAAUUUCUUUCUGCAAUAAGCACUGGCAUGCCUUCUGAGGUAAAAGAGUGUGAAAUAGGAUUUUCCAUUCAGUUCUCAAGACUGGAACUUUAUAGAGUAGCAGUCAACCUUUUGAGGAUGGGUAACUUUUAUUUUCCCCCAAGUCAAAUCUUUGCUUCUUAGCCUACUUCAGCCAGCCAGCCGUUGGUGGAAGACUUAUGUUUAGGAUACUAACAAAGCUCAUUAUAGUCACCUAUUUGUUUUUGUGAGACAGCAAUUAGGUAAGAAAAAUUCACUCUGAUGUAUUCCUAGAAGGCUAAGCCCAUCGAUUUACAAGACAGGUAACAGCAAAAUCAUACACUGCUUUAUGGGCAGGAACAAAAGAUUCAAGCAAACUGCCUAAAAAGUCAUGUGAUAUUAAAAAAUCUCAACAAAAUAAUUUGCAUCAAGCAACUUUAGGGGUCCUCAUGGCCUAACCAUCCAUUGGUCCCACCUGACAAGUUAGGGGCAACACAGAAGUGCUCACUACAAGAGCUCUGACAAGGCAUGGCCAUUUCUGGGACCAGAAUUCACACUCAUGAAGCAAAUCUUUUCAGGUCUGGACAGCUCUUAUUUUCAGAAAGCCCUGAUUUCCCCCUGGAAAAAUAAUUAACUUUAAUCCUUCCCCAUAAUUAUCCUUCAAAACAUUUAACAUCUGCUAUCAUGUCUUCACUAAUCUUUCUUCCCAGUGGAAACAUUACCAGUAAACGCAACUACUUGUAUGGCAUUGACUUUAAAAGAAUCUUUUUCACUUAAAACUGUGGAUAGACCUAAGUUACUAAGGUCAUAAAUAAACUAUGCAUCUGUGGUGUAUUCAUGUGAUAUGCUUCAAGUUACUCAAGGUUAUUGCUAUCAAAACUGAACACCAAACAUUAUUUCUCAAAUAACUGGCUUUAGCAUGUGAUCACAUGUUGUAUUUUUAAUUUUUUACAUUAUGAAAAGUAGGUUAAUUUCUCAUAAAUCUGUAUUUAUGUGUAUAUAAAAUACUGUAUAAUGAAUGUAAAUAUGAUUUUCUGGAAAGUUUUAGACUACAUUUAGAAUCCCUUUAUCCAAAAUCAAAAUGCUGCUCAAAUGAAAGCUAAUUGAAUCAACAUCUGGGUGCUUAAUUUCUUUGUUUACUGCACUUAUAAAAGGAAAAAAGAUCAACAUGAGAAAUAGUUACCUUAAAUUUAUACGUUUCUGCAGUUUAUUUUUGUAGCCUAGAGUGGGAAUUUAACUGGCAAUUUAUAAUAGCAUUUACAGCUUUCAAAAGAUCUUUUAAAAGAUUAAAUUUGAACUUAAAUGUUUAGGUUUUGCUUUCAGACUUUAUAAUAGCACUCUUUAAAAUCACAAGUUAUCUUUUACAGGCAUUUAGCUACUUGUUUAUUAAAAGCACUGGUUAGGGAUCCCUGGGUGGCGCAGCGGUUUGGCGCCUGCCUUUGGCCCAGGGCGCGAUCCUGGAGACCCGGGAUCGAAUCCCACGUCGGGCUCCCGGUGCAUGGAGCCUGCUUCUCCCUCUGCCUGUGUCUCUGCCUCUCUCUCUCUCUCUCUCUCUCUCUGUGACUAUCAUAAAUGAAUAAAAAUUAAAAAAAAAAAAGCACUGGUUAAACUUCCUUUGAAUUUCUUAAGAGUUUAAAUUAAUCUGAAAAGAUGGGAUAUUCAUUUCAAGGAAAGAGUCAAGUUUGCCUUUGUGAUAAUAUGUUACACUAAGACAAGGAAAAUGUGGAUAACAAAACCUACAUUGUUUUAUUUUGCUUCUUUCUGCUUUUUAGAAGCCUAAACUCUUAAGCUCAAAUUGUGAGGAGAGAAAAGUGUGUGUGUGGGGGGGGUAGAAUCAAUCACAGUAUUUUAUUUAUUUUUCUAAAACUCUUUAAAAACCUGGAUUUAAAACUAUUUUAAAUGUGAAUCCUUCCCAGAAGCUUCGAAUACAUUGCUUAUGCAUUUAAUCUUGAGCAUAUUUUACAUAAAUAGAUCACAGAAUCAUAAGCUUUCAAGAUAUAAAAGGAGCUCUUACAGGUCUAGUGUUUCAGUAAUAUAUCAAUACCCAGGUCAGUUAUUAAGAACAUUUUUUUAAAUAAUGAAUAAAAAGUCCACUUUAUGGUGGACUUUAACAUGUGGGAAUGAAUUUAUUUUUGUGAUUUUUUUUUUUUUUUCUGAGUGAAGGAAAAGAGAAUUGAUAGUAUUAAGUCUUGUUUUGAAUGGAUUACCUGUAAUGGUUCAUUGGAAUAAUAUCAAGGAAUGCCAAAAGCCAAGUCAAAGCUUAAUAACCAAAGCAUUCCAUAUUUAAAAUUUAUUUAUCAUAUUUGGACCUAUUUGAAUAUUUCAAAAUUUUAAAAUAGAAAACUUUUAUGGCAUAUGGAUAGCUGUUUAAUAAAAGUUAGCCUUUUAUUUCUCAGCUUUUUUGAAGGAUUUAAGUUAACUUUAUUCUUAUGGGAAGACAUUUUCACACCAUGAUUUAAAGGAACACUGGUUUUGUGAAAAACCCAGAGUUCAUCAAAAGCCAUCAAUAGGAUUCUUUUGAGAUAAAAAUAAUGUGUAUGUGUUGAUAUUGACUUUGUCUAUUUUAUCUUAGCCAUUCUAUCUUAAAGGUUUUAAUGUGAGCUUAAAAUGUAAAUAAAGAAUUUUGC